GCCGCACUUCCGGCUCUUGUUUUGGCCGGUAGUUUAAAUGAUCCGGAGGCUUAAUAAAUACAAAUUUUAGCUUUGAAAUGGACGGGGUUUUGGCUCUAGUAGCUCACCGUCGAGCAACAACAACAUAAAACUUUAACGUUCACACAUUUUCUGUAAUAUGUUUAAAAAGAUGAGUGAAUUUGGACCAGAUUCCGGAGGGAGAGUUAAGGGGAUCACGAUUGUGAAGCCAAUUGUGUUUGGAAAUGUCGCCCGAUAUUUUGGAAAGAAGCGAGAGGAAGAUGGACACACGCACCAGUGGUCUGUUUAUGUGAAGCCCUACAGAAAUGAGGAUAUGUCUGCCUACGUCAAAAAGAUCCAGUUCAAACUCCAUGAGAGCUACGGGAACCCCCUGAGAGUGGUGACUAAUCCUCCCUACGAGAUCACAGAGACAGGAUGGGGAGAGUUUGAAAUCAUCAUCAAGAUCUUUUUUAUUGACCCCAAUGAGAGACCCGUCACGCUGUACCAUCUACUGAAGCUGUUCCAGUCCGACUCCAGCGCAAUGCCAAAAAAGACCGUGGUUUCAGAGUUUUAUGACGAAAUGAUUUUCCAGGAUCCUACGGCGAUGAUGCAGCAGCUUUUAACCACAUCGAGGCAGCUCACUUUGGGGGCGUACAAACACGAGACUGAAUUUGGCGAACUGGAGCAGAAGACAAAAGAAAAGGUAGAAGCUGCAAAGAAGCGAACGAGCCAAGAGAUCGCGGAGCUGAAAGACAAACUAAAGGCCAGUCGGGAAAACAUCAACCACCUGAAAUCAGAAAUCAGAAAACUGGAGGAGGAUGGAGAGCAGAAGGAGCACUGACCAUAACGAACGUCAACAAACCCGAUUUAAAACGUUUGACCAUGUAAAGACAGGCCUGGAUUCAAAAUGACCUAAACGUCUCCUGUUUUGUCUUAACAUUAAAUAAGUUAAAGCUGUACCAUGUAACUUUUCUGGUGGAGAGCCUGCUACUUGCUACUUUGUGAAUCGUGCAUUUUGUUAUUUAAUUGUGAAAAAAAACAACAACUGAAAAACACAUUUUUACUAUGAGCGGGGCUGCCUCUCCACAAACCUGGCUUAUAACUUACCGAUGGUGUCACCUCCUUGUAGAUACGUUUAAUGCCAUAGUGUGAAACAUUCUAGGCAGAGCAAAAACCUCUUAAGUGAGACAGAAAAGUUACAUAGUGCAGUUUUAAUUCAUUUAAACAAAACACUUCCAUUGACUUCAUUCUAGUUUAAUGUUUUUAGUUUCUAGUCCUAGUUUUUUUUAUGUAAACUUUUAUCAUUUUAAGUGAUUUGUAAUAUUUUGCGAUAACAUUUUCUAAUAAACGUGCUACAGACUUUUUGU